CUCGGCAGCUCGGCACCAGGGUAGGACCGCGUCCCGGAGCUGCCUGAAGCAGUUGGCUCUUCAUUCCGACUUUACCGCGACACGUUUGUUUCGAGCACCAAAGAAAGCGUUUCGGAGCGUGUGCUAGAGGUUCCUCCGCUGGAAAUCCGGGUCCGAUUCUGGAGAGGAGAGACCUUAAAGAGAAGCUGCCGUCACCAUCGGAGAAAGUGACGGACGGAGCGGAGCCUGAUCACCGGGAUUUUAAAUCGCAUCAGUUUCGGAUCUUUCAGGCCUUGUUCCUUCAGGGUAUCUUCACGCAGUGUUGCCUCAGUUAUAUAGUUUUUAAAAAGCAACAUUUCUAUGAUACUUUUCAUCAAAUGUCGUUUCCUGUGAGCAGACGGAUCAUUUGAUCCCGUGCGUAACAGUGGUGGAUUUUGGAAUACUGCGCAACAUCCAGCCUCCCGAUUAACACCUCCGUUAUUUGGAGAUAUCUACAAACGGAAAGAGGAACAGCCACAAGCUUUUACUUUGUCCCGGAGGCUCAAAGGUUAAAACCCCGAAGGGCGCGCGUCCGUGCGCAAUCCAUCCGAAGACGCUUCUUUAAAUCGCCGAUUUGCGCUUUUGCCCUCGACACACACACUCAUACGCACACACACGCGCGCGCGCGCACACACUGGCUGUCGAGCGGCGAAGAAACGCAAAGCUUAUUAACUUUGCACGCCCGAAGUUACCCUGUGGAAUCUCGUUCUGUGGGUUGUACCGGCGUGUUUUCACGCAAUCAGAAGAGAAUUAAGGAUAAAACUCAAUCAAGAUUUGAAGCUGGAUUGCUUUUUGGAGAGCGGAAUGAACUCUUUCUAAUUUGGAGCGCAGCAAAAGGAGGCAGACUGCUCAGCGAAUCUGCAUGGAGUUCUAGUCAAUUUAUGGUUGGCUGCAGAACUCCCCCGGCUGUCGUACUGUGCCCACCUCGCCAUGCUGGCCUGUCUGCAGAGGAGGCAAAACCCUCCACCCCAACACCCAGUGUGUGCCAGCAAGACACUGGAGCUGCCGCAAGCCCUAGGACGGAAAUGUGAGCUGGUGGUGCCCACACAUUCCCCUCGCUACCCUACUGCAGCAGAACUUGAUGCCUACGCUCUAAAGACAGCCAACAAUCCUCUGUCCAUCAAGAUCUUCCCCACUAACAUCAGGGUUCCCCAGCACAAGCACCUUAACCGGACUGUGAAUGGAUAUGACACCACAGGACAGCGCUAUAGUCCCUACCCACACCUCCAUACAGGGGGCUACCAAGGCCUGCUCGCCAUUGUCAAGGCCUCUUCCUCCUCCUCCUCAUCAUCAUCCACCUUUGUCCACUCAAAAGGUGUUCUCAAGAACUCUGAUGGAAGACGGACUAAACUCUCUCCAGCCCAUAUAGCUGUGGCACCAUAUCCAACCCCUAGUAGUAGCACUUUAGCCACUAGCCAUGGCCAAAUGGUAUACCACACUGGGCCCUCAAAGCCUACAGAAGGCCCCAGACUUUCAGUACCCCCUAAUGUCACUGUAGCUGGCUCAGUGAUUCCAGUCACAGCAGGUCGAGGCCUGGCUUUGCCUUCACAGUCAAACCUCCCAUCCAUCCAGAGUAUCAUCUACCAGAUCAACCAACAUUGCCAGGCCCAGGCUCUGCAGCAGGUGUGCCAAGGGGCUGGCACUGCACCGUCAAAUUCCAGCCCCUCCAAGCAGGCCACAACAGUCAUCGGGGUGUCAUCUAGCUCCUCAGGUGGAGGCUAUGUGGUGGGAAUGGGUCCCCAGGGUAACGUUGUAUAUACAGGACCAGGACUACAGGCACAAAGUACAGAGGCAGUGAAGAAUGGCAUGUACGCAGACAGCAUGGAUUAUAUCCUUUGGCAAAAACAGCAGCAACAACAACAUCAACAGCAACAACAACAACAGCAGCAGCAGCAGCAGCAGCAGCAGCAGCAGCAGGCCGUGCUCCGCAUGUACAGCGGAGGAAGUGGGGGAGGCGGUGCGAUAAGUAAGUCCCCUGAAAACUGCAUUCCAGGGGGAGGGGUUAUGGCUGCACAGGUCUCCUCAUGUUCCUCCAGACCUUACCACCUGACGGCGAGUGCCAGUGGAGGAGGCGGCCUGGACAAGAUCAGCUCUUCCCCUUUGAACUGUGUGGGCAUGCAUGGGAAUUUCUCAGUGGGUCAAUACUUUGCCCCUCCUUGGAACAGUGUGCUGGUGACACCUGACAGUGACUGCUACAACCCCCAGGAGCUUUUGGGCACAUCCACAGGAGGGCCAGCUACAGGGCACAGAGAGAUGGGCUAUCCCCACCACCAUCACCACUACCACCACCAUCAUCACCACCCUGCUAUAGACAGUGGCGGAGGUCUGUGCUGUAGUCUGCCCAGCAAGAGCUUGUGCAACACAUCUGUGCUGAGCAGCAGCUUGCAGUCUCUGGAGUACCUGAUCAAUGACAUCCACCCCCCCUGCAUCAAGGAGCAGAUGCUUGGCAAAGGCUAUGAGACUGUGUCUGUUCCACGUCUGUUGGACCACCAGCAUGCACACAUCCGCCUCCCUGUUUACAGAUAGAGGGGAAAGAGGAGGAGUAUGAGAAUCACGAGCUGCAAAAUGAUGACGAAAUCAAAGUAAACGGACAGAGAUGUUUUAUGGUACAGAACUGUAGAAUGGCACAGCUUUAACUAUUGCAGGCGCUUAGAGGAGGGCAGUUGCUGUGCUGCAUCUGAGGUUUUGGUGGUUUUUGAGGCAUGUUGUAGGAAUCCCAAAUUUGGGAGGUGGUAGCGAUCACCAGUGGGAGAGAAAAGGGAUUUUGAUGUUCUUCAGAUGUUCCAUUGUGUGGUUUGCCAAUAGGAAUUUUGGAUUUUUUUUUUCUCUUCUGGUUUUGUGUGUGUGUGCGCGCACAUGCGUGCGUGUGUUACUUGCCUAAACAUUUUACAUAAGAAUCACAGCUUAACAUAAAGUGCAUACGUCA